UUGGCAUCGCUGUUUCUUUCAAACCUCUCUGUAAUGAUAUUGUUUGCAGUGAUGCUCAGACAGCGAGCACCUGCUGCUCUGUAAUGAUUCAGCCUCUUUCAGCCGCCGCUGUAACACGACAGGAUGCUGCUGCUACUGUCACUUCUGCCGUUGCCGCUGUUGUUAGAGAUUUUGCUUUUGCUCCUUCUACCGCAUGACAAUUGUUUUCCUCGUCUAAGCAGAUACCAGCCUCAGAUGCUCAAGUAAUGGACUGUGAUAGAGUUAAGGCCUUUUGGAGGUGAGCUGUUUGAGAGCUGAUGCUUAAACAUGUCUGAAGUAGCUGCCGACACUUUCCCCAGCCCCUCAGCUCAGCUGAGCCCUGAUGCUGCAUCCCUCAACGGGCUCCCGGAUGAGGAGAGCAUGCCAGGCUCCCAAAGAGAGGACAGGAGGGUCCAGGGGAUAGCAGGCCUUGCUGCAACCUGCUGUGUGUGCCUGGAGGCAGAGCGACUGAAGGGCUGCCUCAACUCUGAAAAGAUCUGCAUCGCCCCUAUCUUGGCUUGCCUGCUUAGCCUUUGCCUCUGCAUUGCUGGCCUCAAGUGGGUCUUUGUGGACAAGAUUUUUGAGUAUGACUCUCCUACCCACCUUGACCCUGGGAGGAUAGGACAAGACCCAAAGAGUGCUGUGGAUCCUACAGCUCUGUCUGCCUGGGUGCCUUCGGAGGUGUAUGCCUCACCCUUCCUCGUACCUAGCCCCAAGAGCAAGGCUGAAGUGACAGUGCACAGUGACAGCUCACUUGUACCCUCCAAACCGUUCCUCCAGCCUUCUCUGUAUAACCGCAUCCUAGAUGUUGGGUUUUUGUCCUCUGCUGCACCUUCGCUGUCACCACCCGUCCUGGAGCCUACCACAGUGUCUCAGGCACAAGCAACAGAAACCACUCUCCAAACUGCUCCAAAACUUCCCACUUCCACAUCUACAACUGGGACAAGUCAUCUCACAAAAUGUGACAUAAAGCAGAAAGCCUUCUGUGUAAAUGGGGGAGAGUGUUACAUGGUUAAGGACCUCCCAAACCCCCCAAGAUACCUGUGCAGGUGCCCAAAUGAAUUUACUGGUGAUCGCUGCCAAAACUACGUAAUGGCCAGCUUCUACAAGCAUCUUGGGAUUGAAUUUAUGGAAGCUGAGGAACUGUACCAGAAACGGGUGCUGACCAUAACUGGCAUUUGCAUUGCUCUUCUAGUAGUUGGCAUCAUGUGUGUGGUGGCCUACUGCAAAACCAAGAAGCAGAGGAAAAAGUUGCAUGACCGCCUUCGGCAGAGCCUGCGCUCGGAGAGGAACAACGUGAUGAACAUGGCCAACGGGCCGCACCACCCCAACCCCCCGCCCGAUAACGUCCAGCUCGUGAAUCAGUACGUUUCGAAAAAUGUGAUCUCCAGUGAGCACGUCAUCGAGCGAGAAACAGAGACCUCAUUUUCUACAAGCCACUACACCUCAACAACACAUCACUCCGUGACAGUCACCCAGACACCUAGCCACAGCUGGAGUAACGGCCACACCGAAAGCAUCCUCUCCGAAAGCCACUCGGUGCUCGUCAGCUCCUCCAUGGAGAACAGCAGGCACGCCAGCCCAGCGGGGCCCCGGGGCCGCCUCAACGGCAUCGGCGGCCCACGGGAAGGCAGCGGCUUCCUGCGGCAUGCCAGAGAGACCCCCGACUCCUACCGAGACUCUCCUCACAGCGAAAGGUAUGUCUCAGCUAUGACCACACCAGCUCGCAUGUCACCCGUUGAUUUUCACACUCCAACUUCUCCCAAGUCCCGCCCCUCGACAAUGUCACCACCGGCUUCCAGCUUGACCGUCUCCAUCCCUUCAGUGGCGGUGAGUCCCUUCAUAGAAGAGGAGCGACCACUGCUCCUGGUGACUCCGCUGCAGCUGCAUGAGAAGUAUGACCACCACCUUCAGCAAUUCAACUCCUUUCACCACAAUGCCACCCAUGAGAGCAACAGCCUGCCACCAAGUCCUCUGAGGAUCGUGGAGGAUGAGGAGUACGAGACCACGCAGGAGUACGAACCAGCACAGGAGCCUCCAAAGAAACUCGCCAACAGCCGGAGGGUCAAAAGAACAAAGCCCAACGGCCACAUUUCCAGCAGGGUGGAAGUGGACUCUGACACAAGCUCUGAGAGCAGCAGCUCCGAGACCGAAACCGAAGAUGAAAGAAUAGGCGAGGAUACACCAUUUCUGAGCAUACCGAACCCCGGGGCAGCCAGUCUGGAGCCAGCCACCGCCUUCCGGCUGGCUGAAACCAGGACUAACCCGGCAAACCGCUUCUCCACACCAGAAGAGUUACAAGCAAGGUUGUCCAGUGUGAUAGCUAACCAAGACCCUAUUGCUGUAUAAAACAUAAAACACAUAGAUUCACAUGUAAAACUUUAUUUUAUAUAAUGAAGUAUUCCACCUUUAAAUUAAACAAUUUAUUUUAUUUUAGCAAUUCCGCUUAGAGAAAACAGGAGGGGAAAAAAACUUUUAUAAAUUAAAUAUACGUAUGUACAAAUGUGUUAUGUGCCAUAUGUAGCAAUUUUUUACAGUAUUUCAAAAAUGGGGAAAGAUAUCAAUGGUGCCUUUAUGUUAUGUUAAGUUGAGAGCAAGUUUUGUACAGUUACAAUGAUGACUGUCCCAUAGUAUUUUGCGAAACUUUUAGCCCUCAGUUGUCCUAGCUUUUUUGUGCACUGCAUUAUAAUGACUGGAUGUAUGAUUUGCAAGAAUUGCAGAAGUCCCUCUGGUCGCUUGCUGUAGAGUCUCUAAAUCAGAAAGCCCUGUAAUGGCACUCCCACCCUACUCCACCAGAAAAAUGCA